AUGGCACAAGUGUUCCUGACCAAUCAGACCGCUACUAUUUACAAGCAACUUGCUAAUCUGGCUACUCAACAAAAUCCGCCUAAAGAUAUCAACAACUUGACAAUGGACGAAAUUGUUGACUUCAUGAAGGAACAGUUCGACCCAAAACUCUUCAUUGUGAGAGAGUGUUUCAAGUUUUGGAGUGAUAUGCAACGGAAGCCAGGUGAAACUCUCCAGGAGCUGGCAGCACGUAUACGUCAGGAUGCGGCUACCUGUGAUUUUCCAUCGAUCACCGACCCACAGGAUGAAGCUCUGAGACAGAGAUUCAUAUAUUCGGUCAACAAUGAAGCGGUUUUGAAGGCGCUUUUUAAGAUCAAAGACACAGAACUAGAUUUUGCCCAUGCUGUCCAAGUUGCCAUCGAGACUGAAGAUGCAGCAAAAGUUGCAAAAGAAACUGUCUACGGUUCCAAAUCCAAGCAAGUCUACAAGGUCCAACAGAACAAGAAUAAGAGUCCUCAAAAGAACCAUCAGCAGUCUUAUUCCACAAACCAGGAGAAAUGCUACUGA